GAUUUUGGGCGCUUAGGAAAUGACGUAGUGCCGCGAAAAAUGCUUUCGUAGUCAUUUUCAUUUCUUUAUUUGAAGUCAUAAGGCGUGCACAUCGUUUCGUGUCCAUUUGAGACUUAAAAAUGCGUUACGUGGCCGCUUAUCUUUUAGCCGUUUUGGGUGGUAACAAGAAUCCAUCUGCUAAGGAUGUGGAAAAAAUCUUGAGUAGCGUUGGAAUUGAAAGUGAUUCUGAGAGAUUAAGUAAAGUAAUUAAUGAGUUAAAUGGAAAAGAUGUACAGGAGGUGAUUGAAAAUGGAAAGGCAAAACUUGCAUCAGUUCCUUCUGGAGGUGCAGUAGCUGUUGCUGCUGGAGCUGGUGGUGAUGCUGCUGAACCAGCAAAAGAAGAAGCAAAGAAAGAGGAAAAGAAGGAAGAAUCUGAAGAAUCAGAUGAAGAUAUGGGAUUUGGUCUUUUCGAUUAAGUGCCUUUGUAAAACAAUUUUUUAUAUGUUGUUUUAAUUGCCAAUAAACAAUGGCAUAAUGAAAAA